AUAAACCAUAUAAAUUGGGCCUUGAAUGUAAAAAACUUUAAGAAAUCACAAAAUAUUUUAAGUGUUCUAUUUCAUAUUGACAGGAUCGCAUGCGAACAGUUGGCAAGAAUAGAAAAUCCAAUGAAAGCUUCGCAGUUGAUGGCUCUUGGUUAAAGAUUGAAGAUUCAUUUUGAUACAACCUUUGCGUUUUGAGGCAGUAUGUGCAACAAUGUGGCUCAACAUCAGUCGUCAUCAGUGCAAGUUUUUUGCGGUGAGGCACUUUUCCAGAGUGUCUCCCCCACCACCUAAUUGUGGCGAAACUGUUCUUCGAGUUUCUAACAACAUAACUCAUCUGGGUUGCCCUAAAGCUGGUCACAAGCCUCGACAGCUCUUAUCCUUGCCUCCAUUUCCGUCGCACCCUUUGCCUGGAAAGAAUGCAUCUCCUAAUUCCCAUGUCACCGCCAUUAGCUGGUUGAAAUAUUACUUUUCUGAUGUAGACAGUUCUGUGAUCCAGUCACACUUUAACAAGGGCCUUGUGAAGAUGGAGUGUCAUGAGGCCGGAAAGCAAGGACAGGAAAAUAUUGUAAAAAAGAUAAAGCACAAUGAGGUCAUGACGAAGGGUUCUAAAAUUUACGUGCCAGUAUCUGUUGCUGAAUCUAAAAUCUCCAAGAGAUUUGAUACCAUACCAAGUGCAUCUCUUUGUCCAAAUGCAGAUGAGAUACAGUAUUUGCAAAGACUUGUCAUGUACAAGGACUCUGCUCUACUUGUUCUCAACAAGCCACCAAAGGUGCCGCUAAAGGGGAAUAUGGCUGUUCAUAACAGUAUGGAUGCCCUGGCAGCUGCAGCAUUAUGUUAUGAUUACGAUGAGAGUCCCAAGUUGGUUCAUCGUCUUGAUAAAGAAAGCAGUGGGAUUAUUCUGAUGGGCAGAUCAAAAGAGAGCAUCUCUCAUCUUCAUUGGUUGUUCAGUGACAUCAAUAGGACAAAGUCUUCACGUAAGGCAUGGAAUGAUACAUGUGAAGAUACUUACCAAAGGUAUUGGGCGCUUGUCAUAGGAACCCCAAAGGAAAAAGAGGGUUUAAUUCGUGCCCCUCUAACAAAGGUUAUGCUUAAUGGUGGGAAAGCAGAAAGAGUAAUGUUGGCUUAUGGUUCUGGUUUAGAAGCUUCGCAGGCGGCUGUCACAGAAUACCGAGUGCUUGGUCCUACAAUAAGUGGUUGUUCAUGGCUUGAGUUACGUCCACUUACAAACCAUAAGCAUCAGCUCCGGGUGCACUGUGCUGAAGCUCUUGGUACGCCGAUCGUGGGUGACUACAAGUAUGGUUGGUUUGUUCACAGUAGAUGGAAGCUAAUGCCAAGGGCUGAUUAUGAGCCAGUAAGUGGAGAACCAUACAAGAUGAGAAGGCCCGCAGGGCUGGACGUUCAAAAAGGAAGCGUAUUAUCUAAAGUUCCAUUGCUGCAUUUGCAUUGUAGAGAGCUUGUAAUUCCUAAUGUAGCUAAACAUCUUGAGGUCCAGAAGACAACAAACUAUAAAAGCAAGUUAAAGCCAAAUGUGCUUAGAUUUGUGGCAUCAAUGCCUUCACACAUGAAGAUUAGUUGGAAUCUAAUGUCAUCUUAUUUGGUUUGACUAUUUCUUUUGCUUUUA